UUGCCAGGCUUUAUUAUGGAGAACUUGAAGACUACAAGGAAGCUGAAUUUUGGGCAAAAGAGGAAAUAAAACGAGACCCCAAAAAAUCCGUUAUUGCUGACACGUUGGGCCAAGUUCAUAAAAACCAUCUGAGGAACAAUAAGCUUUCAAUUGAACCAAGAGAACUGUUGCAGUUGGCCCAGAAGGCCAUUGAAGCUUUUGAGCAUGAAGAAAAACUUGCUGAAGAGGAACACAGGAAAAGUUUGACAGAAGAUGAGAAAUCUAAAGUCCUGUGGGGUUUAAACACCAGAGGGCAGUUUGGUUUCCUGCAGGUCUGUAACAUUCUCUUUGACUUACUCCUCAUCCAAAAUAAGACUUGGAAGGAAGUGCUUACAAAGAAUGUGCCGAUGGGCUCAGUCCUGGAAUCACUGGGAGACAACAAACUCUUUAGGUUCAGGGACCUCAUAGAGAAUCUCAGGAAGAAAGUUGAGAAAAAAAUGGAAUUCUUCGACACCUUCCUCAUUUAUUCACAGUCUGUCCUGAGAAAAGACAAAGCUUAUGUUUCUAGAGAAGCUUCAGCAUGCUACAAAAAGUAUGUUGGAGACUCUGUCCCUGAACACAAUGACAGACUCCAACAGACUUUCCAAAAACUGAAGCAGAAACUGGCCAUCACCUCUGCUGGGGUCCUCUCAUGUCUAGACCGAACAUGCACCUCACACAUUGAAUAUAUCAUAGAGUGGUGGAGGGAAAUUUCACAAGGAAAAAACUCAAAUACUGAUGCUUUUGUCAACUUUGUACUUGCAACGAUCAUGCUUGCAAACAAAAACAAGCCAAUAUCCAGUUAUGAUUAUAAAAAUGCUUUAAAGCUAAGAAAGCCACCGUCCUCUGUCACACAAGCAGAAUAUCAUCUUCUCUCUCUGCUUCUGUCUUGGCCUACAAAUGAAGACAAACCAGUUCCUGAUCUCUAUCAGUUAAUAAAAAGUGCAAGUCAUGCUUAUGAGCGAGAAUACAAGACGAUGUUUAGAUCAAGAUACCUCCGACCUCUGUUUUUUCUUGGACCAGGCGUAAGCUUGAACAGAUUUGUUCACCGACGGGUUCUUGAGAUCUUGUGGACCAAAGAUGCACUGCAAGAAUCAAACACAAACUGGAAGAAUGAGAGCAUCUUCAGAGAUUCCAUAGUUGAAGAACGCCUUCUCAAAGUUGAAGGAGCGGUGCGAAACUACAGAGUCUAUGCAAGAUUCAGAGGCACCGAAGUUGAGGUAGACGCAAACCGAAGGGAUUGUCUCUGCAGAUCAGGUCAUGUCUCCUUCUACCUUGGAUUUACCAUCAAAGGUCCAGUAGCCUUCAGCAUUCGGAGAAGAGAACUGGUGACCGAGGGAGACCAAAAAAUAAAAACCCCUGAUGCAAGCAGCAAUGGAAUGACUGAAACAGGACAGAAGCAAGGUGCUGAUGUGGUCUAGUUAAAGACCAGAGAUGAGCCUGAGAGGACUGUAGUGGGAACGAAGUCCGAAAUCUGUGAAUGAAUGGACACAAAGUUAGAAAGAAGAGCGUGAAUACAUUUCACUGUUACUUUACGUGACACUGCAAUGAUGUCUCUUAAAGGUGGUUAUGCAAUGCACUGAGUUUUGUAUUGUUUGUGAUUUGUUUUUUGUGAAAUAAUUACUCAAAAAGAUGUCAUGAUUUACGUUACAUGGAAGACUGUUUUGUUUUGGGUCUUGGGGAGGAUUUUCUUAAAUGUAUUUUUUAUUAUUACAACAGAGAAAAAAAGAGGUACUCACAUUUUUAUAUUGUCCUAAUAUCAUUUCCCAAAUACAUCUACUUCUUUUACCAAAUGUUCAGUAUUAUUAUUAAUUGAAUUUGCCUAUUGUAUUGACCCAUGUUUUUUUUUUACAUACAUGCAAAGCUAGUGCAAAUCUUUGUUAUAUCUUUGUAUUCUGUUUCAUUUAGAUUUUUUACUACAUCAAGCUCGUAAACUUGUGUAAUGACACUAACAUGUUUUCUGACACGUAAAGCCAAAAACACCUCUGUCCAUAAAAAUGAAAGCAGAACUUAUAAUCAUUUAAACACUAUUCAUUUCUUCCAUGAAAAUGUAAACAUUUCACCAGACACUUGAGCAGCAGGCUACCGUUACCGCUCAUUAAAACAGAUUCAUUUCUCCUGGAGAGCAAGUCAAUUAAAAACACUCAUUUAAUGUAUGCUGUAUGCCUUUAAUAUAUGACAGAGUACACUAAUAAAAGUGUGAAAAAUAACUGAUUUCCUGUUUAUCUUAUAAAUGUGUGAUAAAAUAUAAUUGAUUACUAAAACACACAAUCAACCUUCUAUGGUUGAUGGUGUGCAGUGAUUCAUGCAAAAGGAGACUCAACCAACCAACACUGUUCAACACAGUGUUACACUCACACAAUUACACUUGUAACCAGAGUUCCCACCUGCCUCAGUGGUUGUCUUAAGUAAAACAGUACAAAAAUAAAGUCAAAGAGCUUCAAACCUCUUUAAAAAACCUCGAGAGGGACUCAAAACUGCAGGUUGAGAAGAUUGAAGCAGAAAAAAAGGCAA